UAUUUUUAAUUUAAUUUCAAAAUUAAUUUUAUAAUAUUUUUAAUUUUUUCAAUUUUUGGAAUUUUAAAGAUCUUUUAAUGUGUUAGUAACUCCAUUGAAAGUGCCACUAGCCCAGUGGUAAAAUACCUUGCAAUUUGUCCCAACCAACCUGAGUUCGAAUCUAAAGGUCUACUUCUUUUUAUUUUCAAAUCACGUAAAACGACGUUGUUUCACUUAACACCAAUAAUAAACGACGUCAAAUUUUUCUGUUAAAUUUGCUGACGGCGUGCUAAAUUGGCAAGUCAACGAAAACAUUGUUAAUUAAUUCUAAAGUAAAUGAAAGUUUUGUGUUUUUUUGGCCAGCUCAAAAGUUCAUGUUUUUUUUGGCAAUUCGUGCAAAGUUCGUGUUUUUUUUGGCCGAAUUCUCUUAUUUAUUUAGUUAUUUACCAUUCAGCUAACUUGAAAACAUAUAUGAAAAAACAAAGAGGAUAUUUUUCUCCUACAUUGGAGGCAGAGAUUUCUAAAAGAAGUAAAUAUGGUCCAUUAUUUGAUGCCUGAGGUUGAGAAUCUGAGAUAAUUCAGUGAAGCUUGCAGAAAUCAUUUGGAAACUUGUAUCAUGUCUAUGCAUAUGUAUACUCAAUGAUGAUGAAAGAUUAUUUGGAAAGUGUUGAUCAUGGGAUGAGAUUACAAGAUGAAAAGAGUGUGGACCUAACUUUUUUUUUGGAACACAAAGUGUGGGCCUAACCAAUAGAUUAAAGAAUAGUGCAUAGCAUGUGUGUAAAAUGUUUAUUACAUCGUCUUUUCUAUCUGGUCCAGAGCAAAACCUUAGGACCAUUUUAUUCUAUUUACUCUAGUUUUGUUUCUCAAUUGUUUUUUUCUUUUGCAUCGCAAAAAAAGUGUAGAAGGAAUCUCUGAAUCAUUUUUAGAAGAUACUUUAACAAAAAUAAGUUUAGGUCCCAAUUGUUUCUUGGAGUUUUGAGUUCGGGUUUGCGUUUGCGUUUCUAUGAUUAGAAUAUAACAUGAUAACGCAAUUGCAAAUGCAAACUCAAACGAAUAGAUCGGGACUUUAGUAUUCUCCUUCGUGUUUAUAUUUAGAUAUUCUUCUAUUUGGCUCCUUUAAGUGCUUGUUGAUAAGCUCACAUUAUCCCUUUUUAUCUUCGAGGGUUUUCAUCCACCAGUUCAAUGAAGUCUGUUCUCUAUUACUAUAGCUUAUAUAAAUAAAACAAACCAUCUCUUUCAAUAUGUAAAAAUACUUUGUAUACGUACAAAACUUGUAAAUAUACCCGCGUUUAUUAUAAGAAGAAAACCAUCAAGUUAAUUUAUGAAUAGCUUUGUUUUAUUGUCCAGAUGAUCGAUCUAAAUUAAACAUGUACCCGAAAGUGCGAGAAAACUUCUUUUACUGUACGUUAAUUGAUUUUGUGAGAGGCAUCUAUUAAUAUUUGUUUCUGUCACAUGCAUGGGAUUAAUAGGGGAAUCUUACGAGUUAUUACGUUACCGGAACAUGUAUGUAUUUAUUAAAACUUUCCUCUGGCAAAAGAAGAUCGCAUUCAUAAUUUUCACGUCUCUUCUUUACAAAGACAAGAAGAGAUAGAGAUUUUAUGCGGACAUGGAUCAUCAUCAAGAAUCAAAUUCUCUAAAGCAGCUCUUCCCUCUAUCUUCAUCUCCUUUCUUCUCAACCUUCAAGACCAAGAAACAUAUUUUUGUGGGGACUUCUCUUCUCAUCAGUUUCCUAAUAAUCUCCGUUAUAUUCGUCGAUCUAGCCCGCUUCGAGCCUCAUCUAUAUUUUGGAUUCUUAUCUUCAUCAUCGAAAACACUAACGAAGGAACAAAGCAACAAUAACGUAUGCGACUAUUCGUACGGAAAAUGGGUUCGUAGACGACAACUUGACCCGGAAGAAACGUCUUACGGAGAAGAGUGUCGGUUUCUGGAUCCUGGUUUUCGUUGUCUGAAUAACGGAAGAAAAGAUUCUAGUUUCCGACAAUGGCGAUGGCAGCCACACGACUGCGAUCUUCCACGAUUCAACGCAAGAGAUUUUCUGGAGAGGAGUAGGAACGGGAGGAUUGUGUUCGUCGGAGAUUCCAUCGGAAGAAACCAAUGGGAAUCUCUUUUGUGUAUGCUUUCACAAGCCGUGUCUAACAAGUCUGAGAUAUAUGAAGUAAACGGGAACCCAAUAAGCAAGCAUAAGGGUUUCCUCUCAAUGCGGUUUCCAGAACAAAACCUAACGGUCGAAUAUCAUAGAACACCUUUUCUUGUCGUGGUUGCUAGACCACCUGAGAACUCACCGGAAGAUGUCAAGAUGACUGUUAGAGUAGACGAGUUUAACUGGCAGUCAAAAAGAUGGGUCGGGUCUGAUGUUCUGGUCUUCAACACAGGACAUUGGUGGAACGAAGACAAAACCUUCAACUCAGGUUGCUAUUUUCAGGAGGGAGGUAAAUUGAACAAAACAAUGGGAGUAAUGGAGGGAUUUGAGAAGUCUUUGAAGACAUGGAAGUCAUGGAUAUUAGAAAAGCUAGAUUCUGAGAGCAGCUAUGUCUUCUUCAGAAGCUUUUCUCCCGUGCAUUACAGGUCUUGUUUCGCAACAAUCUAUGUGGGUGGAAUCAGAGACAAGAGUCUAGAAUCUAUGGUUUUAUUAAGCUUUUUGGGGUGUUGCAGGAAUGGGACAUGGAACUUGGGUGGUUUGUGUGAUGCAGAUACAGAGCCAGAGACUGAUAUGAUGAAAAUGGAACCUGACCCUAUCCACAACAGUUAUAUCUCUGAAGUAAUACAAGGAAUGCGGUAUGAACAUAGUAAGGUUAAGUUUUUGAACAUUACAUAUCUGACCGAGUUCAGGAAAGAUGCUCAUCCUUCGCGGUAUCGAGAGCCAGGAACUCCUGAAGAUGCUCCUCAAGAUUGCAGUCACUGGUGCUUACCCGGUGUGCCCGACACAUGGAAUGAGAUCCUCUAUGCGCAGCUGUUGGCAAUGAAUUACCGAACAAAAUGA